AUGAAGAAUGUCAAAGCAAAUUGGGAAAAUCUCCCAACACUUUGUCUCUUUUUAGUUCUUGACAAAUUAGAUGUACCUAGCAAUUUGGUUCGAUUUGGUGCAGUUUGUAAGUAUUGGCAUUCCGUCUUCAAUAACUUUCUUGACCUAAAAAGAGGAUCAUCACUUAAUCUAGUUCCUAUGUUGUUGAUUCCAAGGAAGAGCAACAGAGUUCGACAAUUAUACAGCUUACAAGUUGAAACAAAAAUCUAUAACAUAGUGUUACCAAUGUCUCAUAAUAAGAGGAUUUGUGGUUCUUCUUAUGGUUGGUUAGCCGCUGUGGAUAAGAAUAUGGUUAUAACCCUCUUAAAUCCGUUUAAGGAUGGAAUCACAAUUAAUCUCCCUAAGAUUGAAGUUGGACUUGAUCAAAACACAGCAGCCUACCAAUAUGAGGUUCAUAAGGUUAUCUUAUCAACAGACCCUUUAUUGCAUCCGGAUGGUUAUGUGGUUGUGGUUAUUUAUAACUUUAGACGCAGAAUAGCCUUCUACAAAUCUAAACAAAAAAGUUGGACAUAUCUAGAUAAGAACUUGACAGCUUUCACUGAUGUUAUUUUUUAUAAAAAUUUGACUUAUGCAAUCGGAACUCGGAGCUUGACAAUCUCUUUUGAUGUUAAUAGUUUUGAUGAUAGUCUGAAAUCACCAAGGGUAAAAAUACUCAUGUCGACACAUAAAAGGUUAGAGGAUUAUUUUGCUCGUGUAUAUCUUGUUGAAUCAUCUAAAGGAGAUCUCUUCUCUAUUAAAAGGAUAGUUGGUGUUAAAGACAAUCAUUAUAGUACUCAUUUUACUGAGAGUUUCAAGGUUUUCAAGUUGAUUUUGGAUGACCAAAGUGGUGAAUUGUUAGAGGAAAAAGAGGUAAAGAAUAUACAUGAAGAUGUAGUGUUUGUGGGUUAUAAUCAGACCUUGGCUGUGUCAAUUUUGGAUUUUCCUGAAGACAAACCUAAUUCUAUAUAUUUCACGGAUGAUUGUUUCAUUGCUACUGGUUAUUGGCCAACUGGCUCUCAAUUAGAUAAUGGUUUUUUCAACAUGAAAGAUGGAAAUAUGGGAAUAUAUUACCAAUUCAAUCCUUUGUACAAGUAUCUAGCUCCUUAUAUUUGGAUCGUACCACCGGUUGAAUUUAAAUUACAUUGA